AUGGGUAAGCCUCCAACUCUUUCGUCGAAAGAAGUGACUUAUGCUAGUGGUGCGCUCCAUACCGCAUUGGCUGGUCUUCUCAUCUCCAUAUAUACUCUUUAUGUUGAAUUUCGCGCAGAGGCGGAUCACGAAUACACUGCGCUAUGCGACAUCUCACCGAGUGUCUCUUGUACGGCAGCUCUUCUCUCAGAAUAUAGUGUUGGAUUUGGUAUAAUCGCACCUUUGUUAGGAGAAGAGAGUAUUUUCAAUCAGAAAAAUAGCCUCUACGGUGUGGUUGGAUACAUAUUUUUGGCGGUCAUACAACUAUGGGAAAGUCGAGCUUUGGCAACGGUUUCUUUAGUUUUGGCAGUGUUCCUGAAUACUAUGUCUGUUUAUUUGGGUGCAGCCCUUUUUAAACUACGCAUCCUCUGCCCAGUUUGUUGUGCGAUCUACCUCGUGAAUGCAGUAUUCCUCUACUAUGCUUACAGAAGGAGUGUAGCAGCAACCGAAAUAAAGGUGUACAAGAAAAAACGACGAUGA